CUCUCUCCAAGUCAGGCAAGGUAGCCUAAACACCCAACCAAGCUCAUGGCAUUUGGUUCUAGUUCGGUUGUCUUGGCCAGAAUCAUUAAGUCGAGAGUGUGUAGAAUAUGUACUGCUCAUUCUAACGAUUUAUGCUUCCUCCAGUCAAUCCAUCCACCUUGAAUGUAGACCUUUCACCCCCAGUGACAUCCGAAAUACGAAUAAAAGCGGCGGUUUGUUUACUCACUCUGAGUUCAAUUCAUUUGGGGACUUUCCUGACGCAGCUUCAUUACGAAUCCAUUUCAUCUUCUCCUUUCAUCACUCUCGUCUGCCCAGCUUGUCUUGGACAGUUUCCAUCAAGCAAAUACCUUCCUCACUCCUUUAUCUCAACCAUUACCCUAACCCCCUUUACUACUUAGUCUAAUACAACGACUCAACACGGUCACAUCCGCGACAUGAUGUGGGGGUCCAAGCUCUCCGCUGUGCUGUCUGCGCUCAGCUUAACGCACUCAGCAGCUCCUGCGACCGAGCUUGAGCAGAUCGCCACCGAAAGCAACAUCAGGCAGGUCGCUAUCAUUGGCGCUGGCGCCGGUGGCUCAUCCACGGCAUACUACCUCCAGAAGUUCGCCGAGGCAGAGGGGGUUCCCGUGAACAUCACUGUUUUUGAGAAAACCGACCGCAUCGGCGGCCGUACCUUGACUGUAGAAGCUUACAACAACCCGCUCGAGCCUGUUGAGCUGGGUGCAUCCAUCUUCAUAGAGGCCAACCACAUCAUGUACAACGCGAGCCUUAGCUUUGGUCUGCCCCUGAAAGAGCCUGAGUCCGGCAGCGAUGGCUUCUUGGGCAUUUGGGAUGGAGAGAACUUUGUUUUUACACAGGACGACAGCUCCUGGGGGUGGUGGAAUCUGGCCAAGCUCUUCUGGAAGUACGGCACGGCCCCUUACAAGGCGCAGAAGCUCGUCCAGUCGACCGUAUCGACCUUUCUGCAGCUUUACGAAAAGCCUCACUUUCCCUUUCGAUCCCUCACACAGAGAGUCUUCGAGCUUGAUCUCCUGAAGGCGACCUCGGUCACAGGCGAACAGUUCCUUGCCAACAAUGAUAUCGGUGAGCUUUUCGCUCAUGAUAUCAUUCAGGCAGCAACCCGCGUCAACUAUGCGUCGAACCUCAGGCAUAUUCACGGCCUUGAGACCAUGGUCUCUCUCGCACCCGAGGGCGCCAAGCAGGUCAUUGGUGGCAACUGGCAGAUCUUCGCGACUAUGCUCGACAGAAGCAAUGCCACUGUACAGCGAAAUACAUCGGUCACCUCCAUUGCACUGAAAUCCGGUUCUACAGACUCCAAAUACUUGUUGUCCACCAAAGGAGCUCACUCUGAAGUCGACGCCAAUGCAGCAGACCAAUACCCGAUCGCCUUCGACAAUGUCGUGAUUGCCACUCCGUGGCAGUACGGUGAUAUCAGCGUCUCUGAGGACCUGUUCCAGCACAAGAUUGACGAGGUCCCUUACACUAAGCUUCAUGUCACUCUCUUUGCUUCGCCCUUCCGUAUUAGCCCGAAGUAUUUCGGGUUGGAAGCCGGCUCCAAGGCCCCGGACACGGUUCUGACGACUCUCAACCCCAACGACGACUCCAAGGCUGGAUCCGAGGGCGCCGGGAAAGCGGGCUUCUACUCUAUCAGCACCUUGAGAACCGUCACCAACCCGGACACGCUGAAGGACGAGUUUAUUUACAAGAUCUUUUCGCCUGGAAAGAUCACAGCAGAUUUCUUGUCGGAAUUGCUCGGCGUGGAGGUGCCUGAAUCCAUCAUCCCGGCGCAGAAGAUCGAGGAGAGCAGCUCACGCGUGGUUGAUCCCAUUUCUUGGUAUCACCCUCAUGUUUUCAACUCUUACCCCAUCGAGUACCCGCGUGUGACUUUCCAGGAUCCCAUCUUGAGGAACGGUCUCUACUACCUGUCUGGUAUCGAGAGUUUCAUCUCCUGCAUGGAGACCAGUUCGUUGAUGGGGAUGAACAUUGCCAGGUUGAUUGCCGAUGACUUGUCCGACGCUAACACUCACGAGAGGAUUGAAACAGAUGACGCACAGGAGAUUCUUGGCCAAGCGGUGAAGGGAGCGCCAAUUGCAGAUGAACUGUAACAUCUUUGUUCUUUCCAGCGUGGAGCAUUGGCUCCUAGCAUCCUCUUUGUUGGCAUCUUCUGGCCCAACUACUUUACAUGUGUAAUUUCAACGAUCCAAGUUCGCGACUUUUUGUAGAAAAUGAGUAUGCCGCUAUAGUCAAAUCCAGCUUGCGCCAUUUGUCAGCAAUGGGUAUCGUCAAGUUGAAUGGCGUCUCCCUGAAACCUUUU